UGGUUGAGUUUACGUCUAAAGUUUCUCUCUGAUCUAAAGACUGUUAAAGACAAAAUAAAAAGGGGAAUUAGAGCCUUACGUCAGAAAGGACGUGGAUAAGCAUGUCCAAGGCUAAAACAGGACCUCAGGACAUGCCUCCUCCGGGAGGAUAUGCUCCUUUCCAGUGGGAACGGGUUACAUUACGCACUCUGUUUACAGGUAAAAUAGGAGUUGGACUUUUUAUAGUCGUUAAUGCUAUCGGAUGGCCUCUUUACGCCAAAAGUUUUCAAUAUGCGAGAAGACAAUUUAUCGAGAAAAAAAGUAACGAACUGGCGGCAUUACCCCUUUUGAUUGCCGAAAAUGACAGAGCAACUUUGAAGUAUAUGAGACGAUUGAGAGAUUUGGAAGCAGACGUAAUGAAGGAUUUCCCAUUCUGGGAAGUGGGAACAUUGUUUGGAGUCCCGAUAUAUGAAACUGUAUCUAAAGACAAGUAUAGAGAACCUACUCCGAUGGACAUGUACGCAUUUGCCGAUCGUUUCACAGUACCAUCAACGAACCUCGAUCCUUUCUUUACAUAGAUUGUCCUUCAUAAGGAUUUGUAAAAUAGAUAGCAUUAAAUUAAAUGAAAUACAUACGAACUUAUGAAUGCAAAUA